AUGAGGUCCAGUGUGGCCCCGCCGAGCUCUCCCGCGGGGAGCGGUGGAGAGACCAAGGCUUCACAGCCAGUGUCGACGGCGAGGGCGACUCCGAAGGGCUUGUUUUUGAAGCUGAACCCCAUACGUGUGCCGUCCAUGGCCAUGGCUUCACGAAAGUCUAUCGCGUCGGUGCGUACAGGCAAAAGAGGCGCAGAGAAGACGUAGAGAGAGAUAAGCAUUUCUCUUGUGCCUUUGGCUGUGGUGUGCCUAUGCAGCACAUGCGCAUUGGUGACCAGCUGGGCGCGAUUGUGAAUGUAGAGGACUUCCUGGAAGAGACCGAAUCAGAGGCGAUAGCGCUGUCCAUGAGACACGGUGACAGUGCCCACGCGGCCGCCAGCUGCAGGGCGCGGAGCAUUCGGGCAGACAGCCAGCCAUCUACCAGUCAGCCUGAUGCCAUCUCGAUGACAUCCACAGCGACACCGUCACACGUGCCCACCUCGCCCGCCAGAAACCGAGGUAACGUCACUUUCUUUCCGGCAGAUGCAAAAGGUAUGCCGACAUUGGAAGAGCACACGCAGCAAAAAGGUCAACCUUCCCUAUGUGGGGCUUCUCAGGCGUCGAAAAGGUGCAGGAGAGCGUCGUUCAGACCUUCAGGCGGAGGAGUCUUGUCCAGCUGGUGGAAUACAUUUUGCUGCCGUUCAUGGUGCUCCUGCUGGCUCUGGCGCUCGGGUAUUUUGUGUUUGAGACGGUGCAGCGGGCGCGGGGGUCCUACUACUGUUACGAACGCAACAUCAAGGGAUGGGACAUGUGCGUACUGAAGGUGAAAGAGCCACAGCAAAAUAAAGUCUCUCUCUCAACCAGGCCAUGUCUGUGUGCGCGCUGUGCGAUGCCCUAUCAGACAUGGCCUUUAUUGGGUCCCUUGUUCACCCUCCAGCUGCCGUGCAACUGUGUCUACUUGGACGCCAAGGAGCCGUCGGAACCCUCAGCGGACAGGCUCAAUCAUGCCAUUGAAUUUCUUCUCCACUCUCGAGGUACCCACCAGGGUUCUUCGGUGUCAACAGCGCGGCAUCCCGAUGUCUCUCUCAUCUCUAGGGGAUUGGCUUCGGCUCGAUGGAUGUAUUUGCGAACGCUGGGACUGGCGCAUCCCCGGACCAUCGAGCCGACUGAUUUCCAUGUCUCAAGUGCACAAGUAUUUGAGUCUGUUCAUGUCACGCGAACACAUAUGCAAUGUCUCUCGUUGGCACGACUGUCCGCACUAUCAAGCAGUACGAAGGAUGACAGGACAAGAAAAUGCCAACACAGACCAGUCUGCAGAUACACGUUGCGCCUCCGUAUAUACCCACACCUUAAUCUAUUUACUCGCCCACCUGGCCUGCUACAUGUACUCACCCACCCAGUACUCGUCAUAAUGCCACCUGUCAUACACGGGCUGCACUGCGAAGGAAACACUCGGAUGUCUCCUCGAAAAAGUUAAUCUAUAUGUACGCGUCACUGGGGUAACGAGGAUAUGCUUGUGGCCUUUUGCCCCGAGAUCAAGCCGGUCGUCCGUCCUAUAAUUCCACCGUGCAACUUUCGGAACGGCACAGACCGUUCCAGCAAGGUGGAAAUUUGCACGGACGAUUAUAACGUGACAUACCUGGGCGAUUCCGCGGGGAAUUUCACAAUCCUUCCCCGAUUCCCCAUCAAGAUGCUCAGAGAGACAGACGCACCUGCGAUAUCUCAUGGGCGGCCGAUCUGAACUACAGGUGAUGAGGUGGGAUGCAACAAUCGCUUCUUAGUGUGUGUGCGCUUAUCGGUGUGUCUCGGUCUUGCCUGCAGGAGGUGCCUGAAGGGCUGCGGAAGCUACAGAAUCUCGAGUAGGGGUUUUGGUGUGGAUGGGGAAUAUGUUCCGUCUAUGUCUCUCUCUCUCUCUUCGUUCGUGUGCAAACGUAGGUUCGUGUUUCUGGGAUUCAGCCGCAUUUCUCAACUUCCUGAAUGGAUAGAGGACCUUCCGGCGGUCAGAGUGAUCGACCUGCGCGUCAACGACAUCAGCAGCAUCCCCCACAGCGUCGUCAAGCUUCGAGACGACCUCGACUGCCUUCUGCUCCACGCCAAUCCGAUCUGCUUUGGGACUUUCUUUCGCGACCCUUCACACCCCACGGAAGUAAGCCUGGAGGAUGCAUGGCUGCAUUAGAGCCAUGUUGUCGCCUGUGUCCUCAGUUUAUUCAUCCGUGCGGCGUUGAGCUGACGGACGCAUGGACGUCGGAGUGUCUCAACCUGUGUGAGGUCGCCCACAGCUUCUUCCUCCACCUUGACGCAGAUGGUGACGAGCUCGUCUGCUUGAACGUCUCGCGACUCAGAUCGCAAUACGCAGCAUGUGAGUUAGAAGCCAAAGCUCUGCGCAAGAAGAGGUGUCUCCACGUGUUUGCAACGCCCAUUGCGUGCAUUCAGUUAAGAGGCAAUCCUUCGUGGAGGCGAUUAAUAUGUACCAGAGUGAGAUGGACGACUGCGCCUCUUGGUGGACCUUUAUGCUGUUUGCUACCGUCGGGGCUACCGACUGCGCCAGAUGCGCUUGGGCCCUCAACCAGUGA